AAUCAAGAAGGCCAACAAAGACAGCUUACCAAUCAAUCGGUCCACAAAGCACUUCCAGCUAUCUCAGUUUAUAAACUACAAGUUGACAAAUAUAAUAAGUGAGCACUGAGCAGACGCAAAUAGGCCACAUAGAGAAAAUUUUGCUACAUAUAGCAAAGUCUUGUGUUCAUGUCAAAAACACAAGGCAACGGUUUCAAUGGCUUCCAAUCUCAUCUUCGUCGUCUUCUUCAUAUUCGUGUCUUUUUCUCUAACUUCUGGAUAUUCUAUUUCCACGAGAAGUGCUGUCUCAAAACAAGAAGAUGAAUCAUAUGUUAUGGAUCAAGAAUCGCCGAUGGUCGUUGUCGAAGAUGUAGUAAGAAGUCGUCUUCUAGCCAGAGUCGCUCGCUCAGGAGCAGUCGUGAAUAAAGGAUCAGCUUCUAAGAAAUCUCCGAGCAAAGGUCCAAAGAAGAAAGAAACGAGUCCAAAGAAGAAAGAAACGAUUGCAAAAAAGAUAAAUAAGAUCAACAAGAUCAAGAAAAUCAAGAAAAUAGGAGCAUUGACUGUUGGAGCUUUUGUCGGAAUCAUCAUAGCAGCAAUUGUGGUUGGCAUUGCGAUAAUCUGUGUUGUAUACAUUUUAUUAGUUUUAUACUUCAGACGCAAAGCAAAGAAGGCUCAAAGCACUGAUGAACAAGACACUGCUGCUGCUAAAGAAAAAAUCAACGACUCAUCCGAAACUCAAACUUCCAGAAAAGAGGAUGUGGUCUAAACAUCACUAUGGCUUUCAUAUAUCAAUCAUCUUGCGGGGGGAGCUAAAGAUAUAUUCGAUCCUUUUCUUUGUGUGGUUUAUUUAUUAGUUAAUUCUAUGUUAUAUAUGUUCUGUGACGAUGUGUUGAAUUACGUUAUGAAUCUUGGUUGAUUAGGAGAGUGUAAAUUUAAAUUUUAAAUUUGGGGUUGAUAAUGAAUUUGGUUACAAUGAAA